AAAGAGAGAGCAGUGGCAGUGAGGAUAGAUCGCUAUCAGCUGAAUUGAUUGCAGUAAACGUCUCCCAAGGGUUUCAAGGGAAAAGGCAAUUCUUGCAUUAGCAAUAAACUAUCAGAUGUUAGUCACUGUGACUGGGAGAUCGGACCGCUGCAUUGGGAAAAGCGCUCUGCCGCUGCAUUCGGGUGUACACGGGGAAGAGGUGGGUGCCAAAAGUCCCCCGUUCUUCGCCUAAUGUAAUCAUUUCAUCUUUUGAAGGCAACACGGAACUCGGGGGCGCCUCUGAACCAGCCCAAGAGGCAAAGGACUGCUGCUGGGGCAUCGUACUGCGGAUAAACUGAAUCGUUGCCUGGACCCGGACCCAAGUGGACAGCAUGUCCCCCGCAACACCACCCACCUUCGGGGACUCUCGGACAGAGUCACUAGGACUACGGAGUACACCCGUCAAGAUGUGGAAUCGCAGCGUUGCCUGAAAUUGUAAACGCCUGCGCUAGGUGUCAUUUACUGGGGGGAUCUGACCAGGGAUAGUUCACCAUGCUCAAUGGAUAUACAGUAAAACGGCUUUCAGCAUCUCCGAAAAAGGCCUCUGGAUCCAAAUUUCAAGUCCAACGGAGGCUACAUCAGUCUGUGCCCAGCCUUGUGUGAAGCAAAAGAGAGAAACAGCAAGAGAGAGAGACUGAAAGAGAGGAAGAGAAGGAGGAGGGAGGGCUCUCCAAUGAUAACCCUGAGUGUACGUUACACGGCUCUCUGGUAGCCACCAUUUUAAAUUGGCCCUCACAGUGCUCUGCAGCGGCUGACUGAGAGUGAAAAUGUGAUGAGCUUUUCUGUCGUCCCCAUAGCGAGCGAGCGUGGAUGGAGGCCGGCGAAGGAGGUGCAUUGCUUAAUGAGACCAUUGCUCUUGUGUUGGGAGGCUUAGGACAGGCAAUUACUGAGGGAUUACCACCAGAGGCCUCCUCCAGCAGUGCUGCUGCCGCCGCUCCACCACUGCUGACUGCUUGGGCAGGGAACUAAGCAGCUUGUUACACAACAUUUUUUUCCUCUUUUGGAUUUUUAUUGUUUUUGUUCCUUUUUUUGUUGUGGUGGUUGUUUGUUGGAAUUUGUCAUUUUUCUCACGACAAAUCGUCCGUAUGUCAUAUUGUUAAUAAUGGAGCUCCAUCAGUCAGGGCGUGUGUGGAAUAAGGACUGGGUCUCUGUCCUCAGGCCGUGGAUACCCAUACUGCUGGGCCUGCACAUGCAGUUCUCCCGGGCGUCCGGGUCCAGCUGCCCAGAGGAGUGCCGCUGUGACAGGACCUUUGUUUACUGCAAUGAGAGAAGCCUGACCUCGGUGCCUCUAGGGAUCGGAGAGGGCUACAAGACCCUCUACCUCCACAACAACCAGAUAAACAAUGCCGGCUUCCCCUUGGAGUUUCACCACAUAGCCUCCGUGGAGAAUGUCUAUCUCUACGGCAACCAGCUUGACGAGUUCCCCAUCAACCUUCCCAAGAAUGUUCGGGUGCUGCACCUGCAGGAGAACAAUAUCCAGACCAUUUCCCGGACCGCACUGGCCCAGCUGCUGUGGCUGGAAGAGCUACACCUGGACGAUAACUCCAUCUCCACGGUUGGGGUGGAAGAAGGGGCGUUCAGAGAGGCAAUCAGCCUCAAGAUGCUCUUCCUUACAAAGAAUCACCUGAGCAGCGUCCCUAUUGGUCUACCGGAAGAUCUCAAAGAGCUGCGAUUGGACGAGAACCGGAUCGCGGUUAUCGCAGAGGAGGCGUUCAGGAAUGUGACGAGGUUAGAGCGCCUCCUGCUGGAUGGGAACCUGCUGACAGACGAGGGUGUGGCACCUGGAACCUUCCAGGACCUGGUAACGCUCCGGGAGCUGUCUCUGGCGCGGAACUCCCUCACCUACCCACCCCCACUGCUCCCGGGGGACGUUCUGGUGAAGCUGAACUUUCAGGAUAAUCAGAUGAAUGAGAUCCCUGUGACGUCUUUCGAGGGACUGAGAAGGCUAGAGAGACUGGAUAUUUCCAACAACCAGCUGCAGUCCCUGACACAGGGGGUCUUUGACGGCCUCGUCAGCCUCAGACAGCUCACUGUUCGGAACAACCUUUGGCUGUGUGACUGCAGCAUUAACUGGGUCAUACUGUGGUUAAAGUCCCUGCCAACCUCCCUCAACGUGCGCGGCUUCAUGUGCCAGAAGCCUGAGAGGGUCCGUGGCAUGGUAAUCAGAGAGCUGAACACUGAGCUGAUCCAGUGCCCUCACAGCACCACAACUGCCCCGCCGCCCAUCAACCUGCCCCCCACCUCACCAGGCCUGACCUCCCGCUCCCCUCCCUCCUCGACAAACUCCCCAUCAGACAUGCACUCCCUCUCUCCCCCCUCCAGGCUCCCCUCCUCACCCACACCUCACCCACACCCCCCUCUCUUCUCCUCUUCCCCUCCCAGAGACGGGGAACAGAGGACUAACCUGCCACCCCUGGACCCAGAGCGGGAGAACCUGCAAAUCAAGUUCACCAUACUCAACGGUUCAGCCAUCCACGUCAGCUGGGUGGCCUCCUUCCCUGUCACAGCCUACAAGGUCACCUGGGCCAAGAUGGGUCCCAGCCUGUCUGGAGACACGGUCCGGGAUAGGAUGGUGGGAGGGGAGCACCGGGGCAUACGGUUGGCCAACCUCGAGCCUAAAUCCACCUACCGAAUCUGUGUCAUCCCCUUAGACGUGUUCAAUAACUACCGGCCCAAGGAUGAUACAGUGUGUUCAGAGGCUGUGACUAAGCCGGUCUCCUAUGGUCCAGAUAAUAAUAAAGGUCCGUUGUGGCCGGAGCAGGCCACCCAGCAGGACCCCAGCUCUCCCUUCCUCCUGGCUGGCCUCAUUGGAGGCGCUGUGAUUGUUGUUCUGGUGCUUCUCCUCAGCAUAUUCUGCUGGCACAUGCACAAGAAGGACCGGUCGUCCUCGACCAAUUGGAAAUACAACAAGGGCAGGAGAAAAGAUGACUAUGGAGAGGCAGGAACCAAAAAGGAUAACUCUAUACUGGAAAUGACUGAGACCAGUUUCCAGAUAGUGUCCCUGAACAACGAGCAGCUCCUGAAAGGAGACUACCGCAUACAGCCCAUGUAUACCCCUAAUGGGGGCAUAGGCUUCAGAGACUUCCCUGUGGGGAACAAUAGCACAGUAUAUUGCAAGAACAAUGUUCAAGCAGACACAGACUUUUGCCGUGCAUGAUGGUUUUGCACAACAGAGUGUUAUAGAACCCCCUUUGUAUUAACACAUACACUUAACUACAUACAGUACCCUGUACAGUAUAUAUUUCAUAGACCCCUGUGUCUACAAUGUAAUUUAUACACCAGCUGGACUAUAAUGUUGAAUUCAGCUACCUUUUAUAUUCCCUUAGUUAAAAUGCUAAUUGAUUUAUAAGUUAUUGGUUUCUUGAAGUUGUGUUACUCGGUUCUGUGCAGACAGAUUUGUCCAAUCAGAGUUCUCUCAUCAUUUUAUAUAAAGUUUGGUUCUGAUUUGAGCUCCAUAACCGCUGGGCCAUUUUAUAUUCAGUUUGGUUCUGAUUUGAGCUCCAUAACCGCUGGGCCAUUUUAUAUUCAGUUUGGUUCUGAUUUUAGCUCCAUAACCGCUGGGCCAUUUUAUAUUCAGUUUGGUUCUGAUUUGAGCUCCAUAACCACUGGGCCAUUUUGAAGUCGUGUGAUAGCCAGACAGUGUACUCAUUGCUAAAAAAUUUGCCUCACCAGUGAUGAAUCUAACAAGCACAGUGUCCAUAACAGAUAUGGCUAUCCCAUGUUUUGGCAAUGGGAAUUGAAAUAAUUGUGGGUUAUGUAAAUUAGACUUGCUGUGUCAACUCGAUGUGACAGAGAGAACCAAUAUAAAACCAGCCAUUCAGGAAAUUAUAUUUGGAGAGAAAUAUUUUCUCACGGUAAGGAUUUGAGAGAGAGAGGAUGAGGGACAGAGGGAAGGAGGAAGGGAGCGAGAAAGAGAGAGAGAGAAAUAGAGAAAGUGAGACAGGGUGGAGAGAGAGAGAGAGAGAGAGAGAGUGCUUUCAAAUGUACCACAAGAGGGCAGAGUUGUUCAUUAUGGUCAAUUAGUCAUUACAUUCAUUUCUUGGACAUUGCUUAGUACUGAACAGAGAUUCUACCGAUGUCGUCCUGCUGCAGUGAGUGACAUCUCUCUCAUCUUCACAUAUCACAACAACAACAAAUAACAGAGAGAUCUGUUGGUCUAAAAGCUGCAUGGACCCCUUAGUUUGGAGUGCUGAUCUAGGAUCAGUUUAGCCUUUUAGAUCAUAUUGAAUAAGAAUUCAAUGGACAGGAGGGACCUGAUUCUAGUUCACCUCUCCUACUCUGGAAUGCUUUACGAAUACAAUCUCUCAAUAACAACCCACUCCUAUGUUAUUGGCCACUGGUCACUUACCACAACUUGGAUAUAGAGUUUUUGAAAUGGUAGAAGUAAUCAAGCUUUGUUGAACCUUUUGAUUGUUUCCAAAGCUGUUGAAAGAUUGUUUUAAUGGACUUGACUCAUGCACAAGUCAUACGUAUGCGUCUUACGCUUUCCUUUAAGUAGAAUUACAGCGUAAGGAAACUGUACUGUUUGUUAUAGUUGAGAAAGAAAGAUGGGUGUUAAACACAUAGCAGAUUUAACUGGAACAAGCAUGUCUGUCCAGAAAGAUGGAAAGCAACUAUUUCAGUUUUUGUUCAACAAAAAAUGAUGUUAUGGUAUUACAUUAUAUGUGCCUUGAAAUGAUCCGCUCAUAAUGUAAUGUCUUUUGAAUCCAUGUUUUUGCACAAACGUGUACUGUACUGUAUAUACAUACAAUUAACAUUGAAUUGUUGUUGAAAAAAACUAUUUCCUGGUAUUUGAUGAUUUAUUUUUGUCGAAUUAGUUUUUUCUUUUCUUCUUUUAUCUCACUUUAAAUUCACUUCACAUUUGAUCUCAGAAUGUUCCUGACUUCUAAGAUAAUAGGAAAUUAUUUUUUUGAGAUUUGAUCCAUGAUACUACUGUCUUCUCUGGGAGAAAUACACAAAUUAUGUAGAGAAGCUAUAAUGAUGCUUUGAGUUAUUUUCCAUCAACAUGUCUCUUCAGAUCUCAUCAAUUUGGAACAGACUUUACAUGUGUAGGCUGAAUAAUUAAGAAAAGUCUGAAACACUGAAUGUUACCCUUGAGAACCAAGUCUGGGGAGAUGAUACUGCAAUCUGUUUGUUACUAAAUGUAUUGUGUCCCAUAUCAAAUCACUUGUUAAGGGGAUGUAGAACAUUGAGGGGUUGCUUUUAUAUCUCUAACAUUCCAAAACCAUAUAGAGUACUGUAGUAAGUUGGAUCCCUCAUCCUCAGACAUUCAUUCAACCUCUGACAUUUGGUUUCAUGAAGCUUCUAUUUUAAAAUCUAUUUACCAAGACUCUAUUCUAAUUAAAGGUCAACGGACAUGUUGUAAGGCAGAACGUCUUCAUUCACAAUUGAUACCUUGGCCAGACUCUACCCACAUUGAA